AUGAACUUUGGUGUGUAAGCUUCCUCGUUCAACUUGAACAUGUUACAACUUUAGUCGCUGUACCUCUGUUCUGUUGCAACUUUUUUACUGGCAAGGUUUACAUAAAGUUGGGUGUGGAGAUUUCUGCUGAUGUUGAACUUGUAGAACCAUUACAAAAAUCCUGUAUAUGGCGACAAGCUAGAGGUUCAGCUACUGAAAUUUCUGGAAUUGAUGAUGGUCUAGGAUCCAUAGACAAGGCUAGUGUUGCACAACAGUGGUACGAUGAACUGGAUGAUCUUGCCGCUCCUAAACCCGAAACAGAAAUGGUUGUUGAAGAUGAUAAUCUGAAUAACAAUUUGGUUGUUGACGAUAAGAAAAUUUGCAUCAACUGUUGUGUUUGCAAUAGCCUUGGAACAAGUGAGGCAUUUGCUUGGAUUUCUUCUAUUUCUGGGAUUAAAGUGGGUACUGGUUUUUCUCUCACCAGUUUCUUAUUAUUGCUUUUGAACAAGCGCUUGUUGAGAUUAAUUCACACGGGUGAGCGUGAGGAACAUGAACCUUAUAUUGAAGCAUCUCAAGCACAAAUGGUGUAUUAUGUUGAUGAUAUGGUAAAUAAAGGGUGGAGUAUUGCUGUGCAUGUCAAGCCAAGGGAUAUGUAUGACAUGGGUCAAGGAAAUGAAGAUAUAGUGUACGAAAAUGAGCCGUAUCAAGAGCAAGAACUUGAACAAUUAUUUGACCCCAAUAAUGAGUACAUCCAAUUAGCUACCAAUUUAUUAGAUAGCGAUGCUAUUGAAGAUAAUGUAGCUGCUAACUUGGCAAGGGAUAUGUUUGAAUGAAAGUUUGUACAAAAUUUUACCAAAGAUUUCAUAUGGAAAGACAACCACUAAUAAUAAUUAGUAGAGGCAGAGCUUUGUACUGAAGUUGAAAUUGUUACCAGAGAUAUACUCGAUGGCUCAUGGACCAUGACUAUCACUAUUAGUCGCUAUGCCCAAAAAGAAAAAGGCAUAAAUUACAGGCUUGUGGAUGGUGCUAAUUCUAUGCUAUUGUUUUUAUAUAUUAGAUGGUGCUACUUCUAUGCUACUGAUUUUAUUUUAAGGCUUUUAUGUAAUUAGAUGAUAUUGAAAUAUUAAAGUUGUAUUAUUUUACUUUUUAAAGAAAAAAAAUAAUAGUUAUGUAGAACAAUAUCAUAUGGAAUUGUGUUUGGAACUA